AUGAAGUUGCCACUAUCGUCGGCGCGCGCCGUUUUGGGUUUCGCCAUUGCUUUGUCCUCGACCUGCGAUGCCUUUGCGCACGAGAGGGUACACCAGCACCGCCAUUUGGAUACAGAUCUCGAGGUUCGCCAUUCUCAUAACGCGCCUGAGGAGACCUCAUUGGCCACCCGAGGAGGACAAUGCCAGUUUCCCACCGAUGAUCCGAAUCUCGUCGCCGUCACUCCCAACGCGAAAAAUGCAGGAUGGGCUAUGAGCCCUGACCAGGAGUGCAAGCCUGGAUCAUACUGUCCCUUUGCUUGCAAGUCGGGCAUGGUCAUGGCACAGUGGGAUCCUGAUUCUACAUACACCUACCCUGCUUCUAUGAACGGUGGUCUUUAUUGCAACAAGAAUGGAGAGAUUGAGAAGCCUUUCAAGAACUCGCCUAAUUGUGUUGAUGGUCUUGGGUCUAUCAAUGCUGUCAACAAGGCAGGCAAGAGCAUGUCGUGGUGCCAGACGGUUCUUCCUGGCAACGAGGCUAUGCUUAUCCCUACGGUCGUUUCCUCAAGCGCAGUUAUUGCUGUUCCCAAAAGCAGCUACUGGUGCUCAACUGCCGCACACUUCUAUAUCAACCCUCCUGGUACAGGUUCCGAGGGAUGCAUCUGGGGAGAUGACAAGAGCCCAGUUGGAAACUGGAGCCCCUACGUUGCUGGUGCCAACGCUGAUACCAGUGGCCAGACAUUUGUGAAGCUCGGUUGGAACCCCAUUUGGGAAGAUUCUGGUUUGAAGGGUUCAACUCCCGACUUUGGACUUAGGAUUGAAUGCCCUGACGGUGGCUGCAAUGGCCUUCCAUGCGAGAUCGACCCUACCUCGGGAAGUGGAAACGUCAAGUCGAAUACCAAGUCUUCUGGCGCAGGCGGCUCAAGUUUCUGCGUCGUGACUGUCAGCAAGGGGAAGACGGCAAAUGUUGUUGCUUUUGCCCCCGGCGGCAGCAGUGUUUCAGGAGGAAAAGAUGAGGAGAAGAAGUCUACCAGCACACCCAGUGUUGCUGCAACAUCCACAGUCCAGAGCACGAGCUCUUCGACAGUCUCAUCUUCCUCUUCCUCGUCGUCUUCUCCGGUUUCAUCCACUUUGACCACAGUGUCAUCGUCUAGCUCGUCUUCAAGCUCCAGCGCAAGCUCAACCUCGAGCCCGACCUCGACCGAAGAACCCAGCACCCCAACAGUCUCACCAACACCGUCCGCAACUGGGGCGAAGAUCAGCGCAAAGCCUGGUAUCUUCCAUGAGAAUGAUGACUCGUCGUCCUCAGGAGCCACAGCUACCAAUUCCCAAUCAAACGCGCAACCCACCGAAGCCACAAAGGAGGCAUCUACAACCAAGUCUGACGAGAAGGGCAUUGCUCGACGCAAGUCUGGAAGCCCUGCUCUCGUUGGUCUCGUUGUUGCUUUUGUUGCCGCAGCCUACUUUCUGUAG